AUGGAAGUCGAGGACGAGAAGAUAUACCCCCUUAAGAGCCGAGUGUACGACAUCAAGACAUACCCCGUCCAUACUGCCCAAGGCUCCACUGUCCUCAUCUAUGGCCACGAAAACGGCGUCGCUUUGAUAUGGCGAGGCGGUCGCAAACUUAAGACAUCCAAAAAAGCAGCAGGCGCGGCGCAAAAUGGGGGAAAGCCGGAAGACGCCGUUAUGAUUAUUGACUCGGACGACGAGAGUCCGGCCAUUCCAUCGACACCCUUCGUGGACAAGCCCGAGUUCGACGACACCGUUACUACCGAUGCUUCCUCACUCGCCGAUAUUGUCCAGACUCUCGACCUGGCAUUUGGCACAGCCGUCCACCACAUCGCUGUAUUGCCCAUGCCCACCUGCACCGCCCAAGACGAAGCCUGGAACGGAGCGCAGAUCCUGAAAGAGAAACUCGUCUUUGCCGUCACAUGCGCCAACGGCGACGUCUUUGUCGUGACACUACCACUGACACCCCCAUCAAACGAGAGCAAGGCGCGGCCGGCGCUGAAGAACAGCCUGCUCGCUGGAAAUGCGGGCAAGGGUGCAUGGGGGGAGACUCUGACAUUGCUAGCAGGCCAGCGCAAACCUUCGGAAGGAGUCGCCAUUACGCUCGUGAAGGAGCAGCCAGGGUCGGAGUCAUCACAGGGCCGUAAGGGGUCUGUAACCCGUGUCGUUGUUGCAGCACACACGCGCGAGGCGAGCGGAACCCUUCGCUUCUGGGAUGUUCCCUUGGACGCAACGCCCGGCACGACUGCUCGUGUCGAACCGUUCCAGACUGAGUACCUUCCAUCACCACUCGGCGGCAUCUCAUUCAACCCGCUGCACGUCACACAGCUUCUUGUUGUUGAUCCAGCGCAUGCGGUGCGAAUUUACGACUACUCCAUCCCAUCUCUACCUUCGGACGAUACCUCAGAGGGCCCAUUCCCCACCCAAGGCUCAUGGCUAAUCUCCCUCUACCAACCAUUCGCCCGCGGGACGGGCAUGUCCACGUCGCGCAAACCCGUCGUCGGCGCCGAGUGGAUGGCCCAUGGCCGGGCGAUUCUCGUGCUGCUGGCCGAUGGUCAGUGGGGUAUCUGGGACAUUGACAACGCCAACCCGACCACUGCCUCCUCGGCCGGUCUCUUUACCAAGGCCAGCUCUGGCCUCCGCGGGUCAGCACUCACCCAAUUCAGCGUCUCAGGCUAUCUAGAGGGAACCGCUACCGGUCCGCAGCCCCAGCGCAACCUUCCCACCACAACACAGAAAUCCGCACCCCUCAUCGUCCCCUCGGCGGUUUCCGCUAGCGCCAGCGCCCCCGAGAAGCUUGCCACCGUCAGAGGCGGCGUUUACGUUUCCCAACUUCCCCUCCCUCGCAACGGCCUAGGCGAAGAGUCUGCAAUCCUAUGGCUUUCCAACACCGGCGCCGAUCACACUAACCCUAUCGUCUGCACCAUCCCCAUCCUCUCCCGCUUCUGGGACGCCCAGCUUCAGCGAACUGGAGGCAGCCUUUGGACCAGCAGCACCCAACCGGCCGCGCGAAUGCUCCGCCUCACCGACCUCAACGCCGGCUUACUAGGCGAGCGCCUCACAGCAGCCACCGCCAUCCCGCGCUCGACCGGGUCUCUCACCGAGUCAACAGAAGGGAAGCAGCUCCCUAUCGAGAUCAUCUUGCUAGGCGAAAGUAGAAUGGUAGUCAUCCACGAAAACGAAGAUGCCUUCGAUCAAGCUGCCGCAGCAGCAGCCGCCGCCGCCGGUCCGUUCUCAUCCACCGAACGCCGUCUGAUACCCCUACCUGCCCGUAAGAAAGCCAGGCUGGAUCUUACCAGCGGCACCGCCAAGGCAAUCAUCGCCUUCCCGAAGCCCGAACAACCCAGCUCCAGGGUGUUCAACCUCAGCUUGGCCCGUCCUGAAAACGGGGAGAAACUGCUCAGACCCAAACUGUUGGAGGCAGCAGUCAAAUCCCCGAGCGCAAGCUUCGACGGCGCGGGAUCAACACAAGAGAUUGACGAGGGAGGGGUCGCUGCCGAUAGCCAAGACACUGUUGCGUUUAGUGCCUAUGGUGGAGGAGGAAAGAGUCAGAGCCAGGGCCGUGAUCCGGGCUUGUUGUUCAUCAAUGACCUGAACUUUGCUGCGGACGUGGAGGAUGACAAGUCGGAGGCGGAAGGAAGAGACAUCGAGGCCGAGUUAAUGGAUAUCAUGGAGAUUGACAGGGAGUUGGAGGAGAUGGAGAGUCAGAGGGGUAAACAGGGGACUAAGAGGGUGUUCUUCGAGGAGGGCUGAACGUUUGCGGGCUUGACAUGGCGACAAUAUAUCUACGGGACGGACGCGAUAACACCGACUUGGAGACGCCGCACAUCGAUCCGCAUGACACGACCGGCGUAUAAAUCCACUCCAACACCAGUCUGCCUCCGAAAGAACAGUACCGACGACAAGCAGUGCCGAGUAGCACACUACACUACCUACCUACGGAUGAGAACAAAUGGAGGGGAGGAAUAUGGAAAGUUGUCUACAGAUACCCGACAAUACUAACUAUUUCCAAAACGAGAAGGACAUUUUGAAGAUAUCCUUGAACGAGAACGAAAGACAAUUCCAGCAUCGUCUCUUCAGU